AUGCAACAAAUUUUGAAACUUUUGGACGAUAGCCAAUACGAUUCAAAGUACAGAGCUUGUGAGAACAAUGUUACUAUUCAUGACAUAUUUUGGACUCAUCAAGAAAGUAUCAAGUUAUUCAACACAUUUUCAAAUGUCCUUAUAAUUGAUUUGACGUACAAGACCAAUAAGUAUAGGCUUCCGCUUCUAGAAACUGUUGGUAUGACCUCGAAGGACAAGACAUUUUCGGUUGGAUUCGCUUUUUUGGAAUGUGAGAAAGAAGAUAACUUUACAUGGGCAUUGAGAAUAUGCAAGACUUUGUUGGUUGAUCCAUAUAAUAUGCCUAGUGUCAUUGUUACCGACCGAGAUAAUGCCCUUAUGAAUCCGAUUGGUACCGUCUUUCCGACAUCAACCGUAUUACUUUGUCAGUAUCAUAUAAUAAAAAAUGUGAGAUCUAAGCUCAAACCCGCAAUUGACAACUUUGAUAAAAUUCACGAUGCCCUUGUUCCAUCAUUUACCUCUCACGCACUAAUUUCAAAGUGGAUGUCCUUCCCUAAGAUGAGUCAUCUUAUAGCAAGAGCGUAUGAUCGGGUGUGUGUCGAUUUGACGAGAUUUGGAUUUUCAAUGACAUUUUUCCCAAUUCAUAGUCGGCCACCUAUUGAUGCAUCUGGCCGCAUAAUUUAUAUCGUGUAUUUAAGAUCAUGCCAUUUUGGACAAGGUUUUUUGAAAUCGGGGUGUCCUAUUCCGGUUGCGGCAUGUCAUUGGACAACACAUCAUACAAAAGAGGCGGAUGUAACACCCCAUUUUUACCCGGCGAAUAUUAUAAAAACAGAGUUACAAAAUUUCCAACAUAACAUGGGAUGCUACACUUUCAACUUAAAAACAACGAAAUUCAAUCACCUUUAA